AUGGCUGAUAAGGAGGCAAUCGUCUUCAUCGUCGACCUCGGGUCGACCAUGACUGAGUGCAACAGCGGCCGGACCGAAACGGAUCUCGAUUGGAGCAUGCGGUUUGUCUGGGACAAGAUUUCGCACAUUGUUUCCCUCAAUCGCAAGGGACUAUGUGUAGGUGUCGUUGGCUUACGAACGGAAGAGUCUAACAACUUCAUGGGAGAAGACGAAGGGUAUGAGCACAUCUCGGUUCUUCAAGGUCUCGGGCCUAUGGACAUGUCAUCAUUGAAGGAUCUCCAGAAGAAGGUCAAACCCAGUAGCGAGUCCAUGGGCGACGCUCUCUCCGCUGUAGCGAUUGCCACGCAUAUGAUUACUCAAUUCACCAAAAAGUUGAAGUAUAACCGCCAGAUCUACCUUAUUACGGACGGACUCGGCCCCAUUGACGUGGACGACAAUGACCUCAAAGAUAUCUCUGCCGAGUUGAAUGACAAUGGUAUAAGCCUAGUUGUGCUUGGCGUUGAUUUCGACGACGCCGACUAUGGUGUCAAGGAAGAGGAUAAGCCUAAAAUCAAGGCGAAAAACGAAAAGGUGCUGCAUCGCUUCGUGGAGAUGUGCGGGAAGGGCACAUUUGGCACAAUCGCCGAAGCCAUUGAUGAGCUGGAUAUCCCUGUUGUCAAGCUCCCUCGGCCCUACAAAUCGUACGAGGGAACAUUGGCGCUUGGUGACCCCGAAGGUGGCCAGGCCGCGGUCGUGAUUGGGGUUGAGAGGUAUUACAAGACGCACAAAGCUACGCCGAUUUCAGCCAGCACGGUCGUGUUCAAAUCGGAGACGGGCGAGUCGGAGACCAUGGAUGGCGUUGAGUUUGGCGCCGUCAAGCAGGCGCGGACGUACAAGGUCAACGACCCGGGCGCUCCUGGUGGUAAGAAGGAUGUUGAAUUCGAGUCCUUGGCGAAGGGCUACGAGUACGGAAGGACGGCUGUGCAUAUCAGCGAAUCCGAGCACAACAUCACCAAACUCGAAACGACCAAGGAUUUCAGUUUUCUUGGCUUCCUUGAGCAGGAAAAUGUACCGUUACGAGCCGGUAAUCAACAUGGGCGAGUGCAAUGUGAUCUACCCCAAAAGUUUGAUACGGAAGCCCAAAUCGCCUUGUCUUCCCUAGUUCAAGCCAUGCACAAAGCCAAGGCGUACGCGGUGGCGCGCCUCAUCGUCAAGGAUGGGAAGGAACCGCUACUCGUGCUCUUAGCCCCGGACAUCGAGAACAAUUGUCUUUACGACGUUCCCCUACCGUUUGCCGAGGACGCUUCUCCCGGGAAAGACCUCGAGCAAGCGAUGGGCGAUUACGUCGACGCUAUGGAUUUGAGCACAUAUGCCGAGGAUGAAGAAGGAAAUCCCGUGGAAUUUAUGGCGAUUGACGAGCCCUUCAACCCCUUAAUUCACCGGAUCAAACACGCCGUAAAGGAGCGUGCGAUUCACCCGGAUGCCCCCGUUCCACCCAUCCCCAAGGCCAAGGGCAGGAGGCAAAAGGAGGCGGUGAAACCCCUCUCCGGCCUCGACGUCGACGCUCUCCUCGACGCCGCCCCCGCCCCCGGCGACGCCUCCGAAGGGUCCGACAGAAAACCCAUCUCCGCGUCCAACGCCAUCCCCGACUUCCGCCGCGCGCUGGAUUCCGCAGACCAGAUGCGCCAUAUCGAAGACGCGUCGAAGCAGAUGGGGAGAUUAUUCGCGAGUUCAUCUCUACCGACUUUGGCGGCAACAAAGAGGAUCGCGUGCUUGAGCACCUCGGGGCCAUGA